AUUACUUGCCGACAUCACAUGUUGUAUAUUGAGUUGGACUACGUAAAAUUUUGACAAAGUUUCGCGAGGAUUUGCUGGGCCAACCUGGACGUGGAAUGAUGAGGCAUGCAGUUUUUCAAACAGUACCGGAGGGCUUCUUCAAUGCUGUGGAACUCCUAAACCAAUUGCCAUCUGACCUGUUAACAGAACUCUGCCACCAAGUCAUUGCAUUCCUGCAGUGUUCAAAGGGUCUUGUCAGUGCCACCCAGUUUCUUGAAAAGCUGCAUGAAGCUAAUGUACAUAGCUGUGAACAAGCUGUACUGGGAGCCAUCAAUGCUCUAACAUUUCUUUUUAGAUCAGCAGCAAGGGAAAAGGUUUCUGCAGAUGACUUAGUGAAGGAACUUAAACAGAGCCUUGUAUGGUCGGACACUUGUCAAGACAUUGUCAAGGAAGUGUGGAUAGAGAAGGGUCAAUCUUUGAGCUCUAGUGAGGUGGUCCACAGAGUCUUGAGUGUAGGCCAGCUAGUAGACAUGCAGUGGAAGCUGGGUGUGGCUAUGACAUCUGGCAUCUGCAGGAGUCUCAAUUCUACCUUUGUAAUGAUGACCCUCAAGAUUGCUGAUCCGUCAGGCAAGGUCACUACCAAGUCAUUAGAGAUGACCGUAGCUGAAUUUAAGAAUUUCUCCAAGCAAAUGCGUGAGAUGGCAGCUAUGUUAGAGAUGAUAUGAAAAGCAAGUUCGUGCCUCCUUUGCAACUUACCACAGAAAUUCCUUUAAUACCACAGCUGAAGUUGGGAAGGAGUUAAAUACUCUAAUAUAAUGAUAUUAGAUGAAAAAAGAUGAUAUUAGAGAAAAUAUCAGUGACAAAGCCAUUAAACCAUUGACAAGUUUAACCAGUGUUGAUCCCUCGCACUUUUCAACAAUGAAUGCUUUGGCAUUAGCCAAAAAUCAAAGUAUCCAAGAGUGAAAAGAGUGGGAGAACAUUGGAUGGCACAUGCAAAAAGCUCAGAUUACAUUCUAAACAGAUGACUUCUGUCUUCAGACUAUCAUUGCUGUAAGAUGGAAGUUUUUUAGACAGAAAUACUCAAAUAUUACAUUUCUGAUACUGUCCACCCCGAGUUGAAGUGCACCCCUAAGCGGCAAAAGAAAGACAGGAGGAUGUAAGUUUUUUAAGCAGGUUCUUGCACACAUUCUGCUUGUACGCAAAGACCAUACAUAAAGGAAUAAAUUUGUUACACGUACUCAUUGUUCUCUACGUCAAACAUGCCACUGAUCUCUUUUUUGGGGUAUUCACCGCAUAGGCGUGCGUUUAUAAAUGCGUGCCUAUGCAGUGACUACCAAAAAACACACCCUCUUUUAUUCCGCUUGGAGCAGAUAGUGUGCGAUAGUAAUGAGGUCUCAGAUUUAUUUAGUAAUCUUAUCUGUGUACUACAUCCAUCUAAGCAUCAUGUUUUCUAGUUCUAUUCCCACCUAACCAGUUAAGGUUUUAGGAGUACAUUUGGCACAAACAAAUGGACUAGGCCUUUUAAUUUUUGUUGUACUCAUUUGUUUUUUUCCCACAAUAUCUGAAGAAUACAGGCAGAAUUACCCACCUUUGAAAAAUCAUUCAGAAAGCAAAAACCAGUAGUUUGAUCACAAAAUAUGGA